GUUUUGUAUUUAUACUAGAGGUCUUCCCUGUCAAGAAUUAGUUACUUGUAAUUUCUAAUUCUCUGCGGGCGGCAGAAGUCCGAGUGGGAAGAAGUUUGUACCCGACACGGGGCAAAUUGAAGCACUCUCUUCUCCUUCCUACCACCAUGCCGGGUGCCUACAGGAUUACCGCUGCUUUGUGGGACAAAAUCCAUCACUUUGCCUCAUUUCCUCAGACCGGAGUUUCCCUCCAGCAGAUGGCACACUUCGGUCAAAAUCCAAAUCAGGGAACUCUUCUGAAAGCCAGCCAAUUCCUACACGAAGAACUUCCUAUUCGACUCGCUCAUCGCGUUAAAGAGCUCGACGAACUACCCCAUCAUCUGAGCAAAAUGCCAUCCAUCGUCAAGGUCAAGAACUGGUAUGCCCAGAGUUUUGAAGUCUGCUUCUUUUCCAUUCAUUUCUAGCUUUCCUUGCAAGUCAUACUGAUAACUUCCUCUAGGAACUAAUCAUAUUUCCUCCGAUACCACCUCUCUCACGGGAACUGUCGAAUCUAUUGAACAAUCCACGGUCCAAAGAAGGCAUCCAGCUCCCUGAAAGCACACUGAAUCCCUCUUUAGAAUUCAUGCAGUUUGUAGACGACCAUGCGAAUAUAGCUUUUCCGAAACUAAUGAGCGGUCAGCAAAACGGUGCCUCAAUGGAUUCUACGGCGGCGAACGUCUCUGUGCAGAACGGCUUCAACAAGGUGAGAUUGAGGGUUCCGAUGGAGAAAAGGUACUUUGCUGCGGCGUUACCUGAAAUCGACUGGCCUCCAGAAAUCCGAAAUUAUAACACCGAGUUCACAAAGAUGCUUGAAACUAUCAAGACCCGCCAUGAUCCUACUGUAACUACUGUUGCACAGGGGGUGUUGGAAUGGAAACGUUCCCAGCGUGCACGGCACAUCGGACUUGACAUUCAGCAAUGGUUAGAUCGAUUUUACCUCUCACGUAUUGGAAUACGGUUCCUGAUUGGGCAACAUGUGGCCCUCAACACGCAAGAGCCCCACUCGGACUAUGUGGGUAUAAUAUGCACGAACUCGAACGUGCAUGAUAUCAUACAAGAGUCCAUCGAGAACGCACGCUAUGUUUGUGAAGAACACUAUGCGCUCUUAUCAUCACCUCCCGUCCAGCUCAUAUGUCCGAAGAAUCUCACUUUUCCAUAUGUGCCUGGGCAUUUAUCGCACAUUAUUUUUGAGCUGUUGAAGAACUCGCUGAGAGCUGUCGUAGAACGUCAUGGACAACACAAAAAUGGAUCGAUAGACGAGGAGAGCGGAUUUCCACCGAUUAAAGUGAUCGUAGUCGAGGGAAGAGAAGAUAUAACGAUUAAGAUCAGUGACGAGGGUGGAGGCAUACCCCGGAGUGCAAUGGGCCUCAUAUGGACCUACAUGUACACAACUAUGAACCUUGAACCCGACCAGUCUCUUGAGGAAAAUUAUCAGGCGUCAGACUUCAGGGCGCCCAUGGCAGGUUUCGGGUAUGGACUUCCCCUCAGCAGACUUUAUGCGAGGUAUUUCGGGGGUGAUCUUCGACUGAUCUCAAUGGAUGGAUUCGGGACGGAUGUCUACAUCCAUCUGAAUAGGUUGUCGAGUACCAGAGAGCCGUUACCCUGACACCUCCCGUAUCGAAUGAUUCCAUCGUCUAUAUGUGUUCUAUAUCCACUGGCGGAGGGGGGUUGAGGUUGAGGAAGCAUCUAGUUUCGGUGACUUUGUACGAUAGGUUGGGUCUGUAAUGACGUGUGCUUCGCAUCG